AUCAUAAUGGACUUAUCUCCAACAACAACUGAUGAUCUUCCUACUGAUUGUUCAACAAGUAAAGUGGAAAUUUCAUCAACUACACAAAAUAAUAACUCAACAAUGUUGGAACCACCGUUUUAUUGUUUCGAAACCAACUACGAAACCUUCCGAGAACACUUGAAUGGUACUUAUCAUUUAACAGGAGAUCAGGAUCUCAUAACUUACGCAGGAUUACAUGACACAUUGACCCAUUUUAGAAAUACUAGAAUCAACGAAUCAUUAUCUUCAUACUUAAGUAAUAUUUUGGAAGUAGCUGAAACCACAACUAAUAACAGUAAUCACGAGACACAGGAUACAGACGAGAGCGAUGAUAGUGAUGAUAGUGAUACCAGUUCGAGUGAUGAUAGCACAAGUGAAGAAGAUUUUAAUAAGGCCGAGAACACAUUAAAUACAACGGAAAAUGAAUGUUAUGACAAGACUCUGGAUAAUUUGAAUUACAUUGAUAAAACUGAAGAUGUUGAGGACGUUGAACUUAUAGAUGAAAGCAGCAAACAAAAUUUUAUGGAUGGUGCGGAAAGUGCGAAUGCUGAAAAUAAUGACGAAGAAGAUUUUGGUGUAACAAAGCAACCACUGACUAUAUUAGAAACCACUAAGAAAGAACAAUCUACAGUAGAUGAUGAAAAUUCGCCACAGCUGGACAUUAUAAAUGAAGAUCUUUAUUUCGAGGAUGAUGUCUCAAAAAAGUUUAUAGAACAACAAAGUGAAAUUUGUAAACCAAAUCAAAGAAAUGUGGAAAUGGAUCAAGUUGAUUCAUUUGUGCCAAAGGUUGAUCAUGCUGUAUCAAAUACUGACAUUCAUUUCUUAGACAUCAACACAUCAUCAUCCGAAAAUUCUGAAAAUAUAUAUAGUUUAAAAUACAUUUAUAAAGAGUUAUACGGAGAGAAGGCACUACGUGCAAGAUUAGCAAUGGUAGCGAGAAAUGAAGAAAAAUCAAAUUGUACUGAAACCUGUGAGCCGCCUCAGAAAAAGUUUGCUGCUGAUCAAAAUGAGGAGUGCUUGGAAGAAGCAAUAGUUGAUAAUGCGGACACUUGUUCAUCUCAAGAUGAGGAACUCUCAAAUUACAAAUCAAAUUUACCAAUGAUUGCUUGCGAUGAAACGAUGUCAGAUAGUUGUUCCAGUGACGAUGUCAGCAUGAAUACAAUGCUAGAUACUAAUGAUUGGAAAUUUAGUUCUACAGACUCUGAAUAAUUUUGUUAUAGUUAUUAGUAAAUCAGUAGAUAUUAGAGUAACAGAA